AUGACAGCGGAUAAGUUCAGAAGUCAGUGUAACAAGCAUGAAUAUACAAUUCCGGAUGCACCAGACCUUUACAACAUCUUAUAUUCAAGAAAAUCUGUAAAUUCGAUUAACAUGUCAAUUAAUUGCAAUGGCAAUUCGAAUGCUAUUAUUAAUAACAAACAAGUCAGAUUGCAUUUACCCCAUCAAAUCAAUGUCAUUCACAGUAAUGGUAUGAAAGACUCAUUCAAUUUUAACCAGAUACGUAAACAAAAAUUGAUUCAAGACAACAACGUACAAAUUUAUGUGAAAAUGCAUACUGACAAAAUUAUACAGAUCAAAUGUAAAGAAAGUGAUACUAUCGAAUAUAUUAAACAAAAAAUUCAGUUAAAGGAAAGUGUUCCAUCAAGGCAUCAGAGAAUCUUUUUUGAUAAUAGACAAUUAAAGAAUAGAAAAACUCUUUUUGACUAUAACAUUUCACGGAAUAAUAUAUUGAAUUUAGAGUUAUGUACUUUUGGUGGUCAAAUAUUUGUUAAAACGCUCACUGGUAAAACUAUAACGCUUGAAUGUAAAGGAAAUGAUACUAUUGAUAUUAUUAAACAGAAAAUUCAAGAUAAAGAAAAUAUUUUGAAAGAUCUUCAAAGUUUAAUUUUCAACG